AUGAAAUGUGUAAAGCUGCUAGAGGAGUUUGCAUACUCAAAAUCGUCCAAUGGAGUUGAAUUGAAAGUUAUUGGAAAGGGUGAUUUGCAUAGCUUAGACCAAGUGUUAAUUUUUCAUAAAGAAACAUGUCUUGAGAAGAUGACACUGGAGAAGUGCCCACCUCUGGAGUUGAAGCACCUUCUGAUGCUAACCUCACUGAGGACAUUGAUUAUAGGAAAUUCAGUUGGUCUAGCUGGACCACUAGGAGGAGGUCAGAGUGAUGUGGAAUGGCAGCUCCCUGUUGACAACAACAGAGGAAGAGGAUGUGAUGGAGUGCUGCUCGUCCCUGUUCAUCUCUAUGACUCACUACAGGAAUUGGAGUUCAUUAACUGCCAAGAGCUGGUCCUGGUGGACCCGCCAACUCUUGUUCCUGGUGGAGGAGGGCUCCAAGCUUUGCGAUCCCUCCAUAGAUUAACAAUACAGCGGUCCCCAAAGUUUCUAUCCACCUUCUCCUUUUCCCGUCACAUUUUUCCUUCCUCCCUGCAGUCCCUGGAGCUUUGGGGUGUGGAAGGCCUGGGGACACUGGAGCCCCUCUCAAACCUCUCCUCCCUUACCAGAUUAGAAUUGGGAAAUUGCAGAGAGGAUCUGAAAUGUCAGGGCUUGUGGUCUCUCCUUACCAGCGAGGGGCAGCUCAACAAAUUAAAAGUCUUAUACAGCCCUAGAUUCUUUGCUGGUUGGGAUCCCUAUCCCAGACGGGCUUUGGACGAAGUUGAAGGAGAAGAAGAGCGACAAACACAGCUUGUUUCUUCCACACUACGGGAGCUCUGCACGGAUGAUGAGACGGGGCUCCUUUCUGCACCCAUCUGUAGCUUCCUCUCUUCCUCCCUCACCAUGCUGCAACUUUCAGGGGAUGGGUCUGUAGGGAAUUGGUCUGAACGGAAGGAGCGCUUCAGCAAGGAGCAAGAGGACGCCCUUCAGCUCCUCUGCUCCCUCCAGGAACCGUGGUUUACCCAUUUUGAUGACCUUCAGCAUCUCCCUGCAGGGCUGGGCAACCUUACCAACCUCAAGAUAUUAUCAAUCAUUGUAUGUCCAGCCGUCUCGUCAUUGCCCAACGAUGGCCUCCCCAAGUCACUGCAAGAGCUAAAUGUCAGAUCCUGCCGAAAUGAAAAGCUAAAACAGCAGUGCAGAGGGUUAGUGGGAACCAUCCCCAAAAUCAUAAUAGACUACUAA